AGGAACGGCCGAGGGCGCCUCGCCCCCCAGGGGCGCAUGCCGCGCCGCCCGUCGCUCCUGCGCCGCCUCCGCGGCCUGGGCCCGCUCCGGCUGGGCGCAGCACGGCGCCGACCGCGGCAGCCGCCUCCGCGCCAGCAACGCCUUGUGUUCGGUGGCGGCCACGCGGUGCACCUCCACCUCUGGCAGACGGUGGCACCCCUGCGCCCAGGCGGAGCGGCGAGCGCGCCGCCCGAAGCGGGAGGCCUGCCUGGUGCCUCUCCACCUCAUGUCUUCGCACCAGCCAGCUCAGAUGCUGACGGCGCACCGCCUCUUCGGCCUCGAGGCGGGGCGGGGUCAGCAGGAUGGCGAUCUCCGUGGCUGGCCGAUGCUGAAGGUGUCGUCCUAUCUGGCGCCAGAGUCCAGGCAGCUGUCCAGACGGCUUCUCGUACAAUCUCACCCACCAUCCACGACGGACCUCCUCGCGGUCUGUGACCAAGAUCAUGGACCCAGUGGAACACCGAAUAGCGAGUUCCAGCGCUGCCAACUCGCCCAUGGCGGCAGUCUGGGUUCCUCCGAUGAGCGGCCCGAACAAGUAUGGCCCCGCAUUGACUGGGUCGAAGGCGGCGAGCACACAAACAGCCAGUCCGACGCGUCGUAAGCUGGGGUCGUGCGUAUCGCUGAGUAACAAAACACAGGUGUCUUUAACGGGCAAAGACAAACAUGGAGUUUUAAAGCCCGGUUCGCUGAGGAGUAUCCAGGGCGGUUUUCCCCAGGGCGUCGGUAACGCUUUUGCUGGUGGUUAUCACAGCUUGGAGAGCUGCCUGGUCAACCGUGGUGUACAUGCGCAUCGGGGGAGAAAGUCCCGUCGUCACCCCUUCUCGUUCAAUAUCGAUCAGUUUGCACGAGGUGAGUGGAGUCGCUUCGCAUCUGAAUUCUUUGAGUUGUUUGAGCAACGCCUACAUAGACGUUGGUGCGCACUGCUUGAGAUAAAUACUGCUGCCUGCACUGUCCGACAAAGAUUGCCCUCUGGUCCUUCUCGGGCUUGACGGCGUUUCAGUGGGGCCCCUUGUGCACAAUGUGUCUCCGUGGGAGCUUCUCUCGCAGGCAGAGUUCCCCGCUGCGAGAUGGCAGAGGCGAUUAGUGCGCGCGUCUUGCCUUUGCCUGGUCCGUAGCGUGUGUGGCUCCCACCCGCAACUCUGUAUAGUUUUCUUUAUCUUUUCUUAGAAAAGCAAGCAGCAUAAUUCAACAUCUUUCGUUCCGCGAGGUGAGUGGAGUCGCUUCGCUUCAGAAUUCGGUGAGUUGUUUGAGCAACGCCCGCAUAGUCGUUGUUGCACACCGCUUGAGAUACAUACUGCUGCCUGCACUUCCCGCGA